AUGGCUCUUGCUACUCCUCGACUCAAUGCUUCGGGCAGCCAAGCCCUCUCGGCCUACCUCAAGGAGGUCAUCAAGGGGCGGGAGUCUCCAGCCACCUGGAUCGGCGCCACAACUGCUGGAGGGGAGAUAUAUCUCGAGUGCGCGGGUGAGAGAGUAUGGGGAGAUGAGGCGAAAGGUAGUGUGAGCCAGGACACCAUGUUACAGCUCUUCUCGACGACGAAGCUGGUGACCACUAUCGCCGCUCUCCAGCAAGUUGAGCAAGGCAAAAUUGGACUGGACGAUUCCGCUACGCUGCUCAAGAUAUGCCCCGAGCUCGGCAAGAUGCAGGUGCUGGAGGGGUUUGGGGACGAUGGAAAGCCACAGCUGAGGGACGCGAGGACGGAGAUGACGCUGAGGAUGUUACUGAAUCAUACCGCUGGUUUGACCUACGCCUUCUCGGACGCAAACGUCGCUCGCUACUGCCAAGAAGUCGGUACACCUCAAAUGUGGUCACCCAACGCUCCUAUCGCUGCCUUCGUCCAGCCUCUCGCAUUCGACCCAGGAACGCGAUUUCGGUACGGUAUCGGUAUCGACUGGGCGGGCAUCAUGGUCACUCGUCUCUCCGGUCUCGACCUCGAGGUGUACUUCCAGAAGUACAUCUGGACGCCUUGUGCAGCCAAGUCUAUGAGUUUUUUGCCCCCACGAGACUGGGAUCAGGCGGGAAUGGCGAUGACGGUCCGAGAGCCGUUUCAUACUGGACCCGUCAAGCUGCUGGAGGGGACGGCUAUGGGGCGGCCGAUGAACCCGGACGAGAUAGGGCCGGUGUAUAUGGGCGGAGGAGGUCUGUUCGGGACAGCGAGAGACUACCUGGCUUUCCUACGCGGUCUACUACGGUCCGCCGACCCCGGUACGCCCGACUCGGAACGCCUCGUCCAGCCCGAUACCUUCAAGCUGCUCUUCCUGGAUUCGAUAGCAGAGGAGCACGCCCCGCAGAUCCGGAAAGACAUCGCAACCAUGGCGGGGAAUCAGCACGUCCACGACCCGGCGAUCCUCACUGGCGGUACAGGGGAGCAGGUGGGGUACGGUCCGGCUUUACUGCUGAAUAAGGUGGAUAGCAAGUUUGGGCGAAAGGCGAUGAGUGGGUUCUGGGAUGGGGCUGCAAAGACAUACUACUGGUUGGACCCCACGACAGGAGUUGCGGGUAUCUGCUUCACCAACUUGCUAUCUCACAAUCCCGAUCCCUUCAACGAGGUGUUCAACAGGUUUGAGCGGAUCCUGUACGAUCAUCUAGAAUAG